AUGGCUGACGAAUUAGCUCGUCAGCAGCAGUAUGAGUACCGGGCGGUAAGUUGGCUUCUUUUUGGGUUGAUAGGAAUCUAGAAGAAUUUAUAACUCUGCAAUGUAUCCCUUGUUUCCAAAAAAUGAGAUUUUUAUAUUGUACUUGUUGUUGCUUUAGAACAGCAAUCUUGUACUUCAAGUCGAUUACAACUACACGGAUCGGCGAAGUCGAGAUGAGCCUACCGGUGAGGUGAUGCCCUUGAACAGGGAUUCCUUGGCUAGGAUGAAGAUGGGAGAUCGUUUCCAACGCACUGAUGCUCCAAAGGAAGCGAAGAAAGUGAAGUGAGUGUUUUAUUAUUUUUGUUGGUUUUUAGGUAAAAUACGUGGUGACCUGUACCUCCUCUUAUCAAUUGAAUUUUUAUAGACCUUCUUCAUGCAAUUUGAUGUCGAUUUUAUUUAUUUUUAGAAAACCUGGAGCUGGGGGACCAGCCAAGAAGAAGGCCAAAUUAACAGUCGUUGAUGUCGGAGAUUUCACUGGUGACUAUAAACCAAGGACACAAGAGACAAGACAGAGCUUUGAAAUGGUCCUAAACUUCGUCCAGGAUGCUCUUGGAGACAACGUGAGCUAGUUUUAUAUUGCGCUUGAGAGUAUUUAGGAAGUUUCAUCAAAUAAGCCGAUUUUGAUACACUAGAGCAAUACCAGGAUAAAGUUUUGGUUAAGAGAAAUUCUGAAUUCCUUUAUUCAGCUGAAUGCUUCAUAUUGAAUUUUUCGUUGAUUUAGUUUGUAAGAUGCCUUUUUUCAGCCUCGAGACAUCUUGAUUGGAGCUGCCGAAGAAGUAUUGAAAGUCCUCAAAAGUGAAGCCGUCAGAGAGAAAGAUCGCCGAAGAGAAGUCGAAGAACUUGUUGGCAAAUUGCCUGAAGAGCGAUAUGCAGUUUUGGUUAACCUUUCCAAGAGAAUUACCGAUUUUGAUCUGAACUUGAAUGAGGAUGAAGGAGAAGUAAGAUUUUUACUUUUUUUUGAGUUUUAGGUAAAAUACCAUGAUUUUUCAUGCCAAAAUAUAAUUUAUAACUUAUGGAAACAUUAAUGUCUUCCAGGCCGAAGAAAUCGACGAAGCGCAAGGAGUGCCGGUCAGAUUUGAUGAUGAUGAAGAAGAAGAUCAAGAUGAAAUGGCCAGAGAAGUCAAGGAAGAUGAGUCGGAUGAGGACGAAGAGAAUGGAGUUGAAGCAGUCUUUGAUGGAACCCUGCAAGCUGGAGAUACUGGAGAACGAGCAGCUUACAGUGAUACAAAGAGUGUUCUCAAACCCACGGAUAUCGAUGCCCAUUGGAUUCAGAGAGCCAUGAGCAAGAUUUUUGAGCCAGAGAAGGCCCAAGAGAAGGCUCAGGAGAUCUUGAGGAUUCUUGGGGUAAGUUUGAAACCUACCUCAAUAUUAUUUUUUUUUCAGUUUUUUUGAGAAUUGAGUUGGGAUUUACAAAUUUUGAAGUAAAAUGUCAUGUUUUUCAGGAGUCUAAAGACGAUCGAGCCGUUGAAAAUGCUUUGGUUAGAUCGUUGGAAUAUCAGAAUUUCGAUGUGAUCAAGUUGUUCCGAGAAAAUCGAACCAUGAUUUAUUGGUGCACAAGGCUGAAGCAGGCUCCAGAAGCCGAAAGAAAGCAAAUUGAAGAACAAAUGAGCUCAAGUCCAGAUUUAUCGGGAAUUCUGAGAAGUCUCCGUGGUGAAGGAGGCGCUGGAGAUGUGGCUCAGGUAAGGAGAUUGAUGUUUUUUUUUUAGUUUUAGAGAGCUAUUGGAGGAUUUCAUUUCGGUGGAAAGAAAAUAUUGUUUUUUGACGGUGUUUUGAUCAUUUUCCCUCAUUUUCAGACCGAAAGAGACCGAAAAGAAGCCAAAGCCCAGAAGCGCCGCGAAGCCGAAGCCGCCCAAAGCACGAGUUGGGUGCAGUCCAGGAAUGUCCUCGACCUGGAAGACAUGGCCUUCACACAGGGAUCCCACUUCAUGAGCAACAAGAAGUGCAUCUUGCCGGAUGGAUCAUACCGAAAACAGAAGAAAAGCUAUGAAGUUGUCUAUGUCCCUGCACUGAAGCCCGAGCCUUUUGAUGAAAACGAAAAACUCAUCCCAAUUGAAGAGCUGCCCAAAUGGGCACAGCCUGGCUUCAAAGGAUUCCAAUCUUUGAACAGAAUUCAGUCCAGAAUCAGCAAAAAAGCCCUGAAAAGUGAUGAUAACUUGUUGAUCUGCGCUCCAACGGUAAGAUGGGUGGUUAAUUUCGAAUAUUUUGUAAAGUGGAAUGUAGCAAAAGUGCACUUUUUUUUGGGAUUUUAUAAAAAUAUUUGGUCGUCCAGAAAGUUCGUUCGUUUUUUUCAUCGCUUUGUUUUACGAGGGUUGUUGGUUGUUUGGCAAAGGGUAUAUAUUUAUUUGAUACAGCCAGUUUUGUACAGGUGAAAAAGCUGUAUCAAAUAAAUAUAUUCCAUUUGCCACAGAACCAACAAUCCUUGUAAAACAAAGCAAUGAAAAAACGAGCGAACUUUCUGGACGACUUAAUAUUUAUGUUUGAACGAUUCUUUUCCAAAUUUUUUUGUCGUUUUGGUAUAAAUUAUGGCCUAGAUAACCUGCAGAAAACAUUAUUGACUUUCUUUUUUAUAGUCUGUAAAAUUUUUAGGGAGCCGGUAAGACCAAUGUUGCGGUCAUGUGCAUCCUCCGCGAGCUCUCUAAACAUCUAAAUUCGGAUGGAUCGGUCAAAAAAGACGAGUUUAAAUGCAUCUACGUGGCCCCAAUGAGAUCCCUGGUACAAGAAAUGGUCGGAUCCUUCAAAAAACGCCUAGAACCCUACGGAUUAGAGGUAAGAAUAGCUUUUUUUCGUUUAUUUUUUGAAUUUUAGGUUGGAGAAAUGACUGGAGACGCCCAAAUGUCGAAAGAGCAGUUCAUGCAGACGCAAGUCAUUGUCUGCACCCCGGAAAAGUAUGAUAUUGUCACCAGAAAGGGCGGAGAAAGAGCUUAUAACCAGCUGGUCAGAGUCAUCAUCAUCGAUGAAAUUCAUCUUCUCCAUGACGACAGAGGCCCGGUUUUGGAAGCAAUUGUCGCCAGAACGAUCAGAAACAGCGAACAGACUCAGGAAUCCUGCCGAUUGGUCGGAUUGUCGGCUACGCUGCCGAAUUAUCGAGAUGUGGCGGCGUUUUUGAGAGUCAAAGAUGAUGGGUUAUUUUACUUCAACAACUCGUUCAGACCCGUCCCAUUGGAACAGGAAUACAUUGGAAUCACGGAGAAGAAGGCUUUGAAGAGAUAUCAGGCCAUGAAUGAGGUUGUCUACGAUAAAAUUAUGGAAAAUGCUGGAAAAAGUCAGGUAAGAACGGGGAUUUUUGAUAUAGUAGGUAGUGAAGAGGUGGAAUUUGAGGUUUUUUUGGUUUGAGAUUUAGUUUUAAGUUUGAGAGUUGAAGCAGGAGAUUAUUAGGGAUUUUUUCUGUAUGUUUCGGAGACAAAAAUUAUAUUAUACAUGGUGAAAAUCGAAUUUUAAGUUUUGUUUAAAAAAGGUACAUUAUAGAAGUGAUUUUGAUUGUUGAUUGAAUUUUAGGAUGUUUUAUAUUAAAUAAUUUGAAGGCAUUUUUUAAUAUGUUUGAAAUUUUAAUAAUAUAUUAUACAUGACAUUUUUAAUGCCUCAAAAAUUUUUAUUUUGGCCUUCUUUUUAGGUUCUGGUCUUUGUCCACUCCCGAAAAGAGACCGCCAAAACAGCGAAAGCCCUCAGAGAUGCGUGCCUUGAGCGAGACACCCUCUCCGCUUUCAUCAAAGAAGGAUCUUCGACCAUGGAAGUCCUCAGAACGGAAGCGGAGAAUGUGAAAAAUCAGGACUUGAAGGACCUACUUCCCUAUGGAUUUGGUAUCCAUCACGCUGGAAUGAACAGAGUCGACAGAACUUUGAUCGAAGAUUUGUUUGGCGAUAAACAUAUUCAAGUUUUGGUUUCAACUGCCACCUUGGCUUGGGGUGUGAACUUGCCCGCACAUACUGUGAUGAUCAAAGGAACACAAAUUUAUAAUGCGGAGAAGGGAUGCUGGACCGAGCUGGGGGCUCUGGAUAUCAUGCAGGUGAGAUUUUUUGGGAGUUUUUGGAGUUUUUUCGAAGAUUUUUGGCGAGGUUUUUUAUGGUGUAGUUGAUUUUUGAACGAAAAUUAGAAUUUUUGAACAAAAAAAUUUUGUUUUUGAGGUUUUCUUUUUAAAAAAUGAACUUUAUUUUAGAUGAUGGGCCGUGCCGGACGCCCUCAAUACGACUCGGUCGGAAAGGGUAUCCUGAUUACCCACAACUCCGAGCUCCAAUACUACCUCAGCUUGCUGAAUCAACAACUCCCGGUCGAGUCCCAGAUGAUCCCCAAACUUCCGGACAUGCUGAACGCUGAAAUUGUCCUCGGAACGGUGAAUAAUGUCAACGAUGCGAUGGAAUGGAUCGGCUAUACCUAUCUGUAUGUCCGAAUGAUCCAUUCCCCAACCCUAUACGGAAUCUCGCAUGAUAUCGCGAGGAAGGAUGAGCUCCUCGACCAACCGAGAGCUGAUCUUGUCCAUACUGCCUGUCUCAUGCUCGACAAGGGCAACCUAAUCAAGUACGAUAAGAAGUCCGGACUGGUCCAAGCCACGGAAUUGGGACGAAUUGCCUCUCAUUUUUAUUGCACCUUCGAAUCAAUGGAAACUUACAACAAAUUGCUGAAGGAAACGGCCACGGAAACGGACUUGUUCAGAAUUUUCUCAAUGUCCUCGGAGUUCAAACACAUUCAUGUCAGAGAAGAAGAGAAAUUGGAGCUCCAAAAGUUAUCCGAACAUGUCCCUAUUCCCAUCAAGGAAAGCUUGGAUGAGCCGUCGGCGAAGGUCAAUGUUCUCCUUCAGGUAGGUGGGGAUGAAGAUUUUUUUUUGAGUUGGAUUUUUUUGUAUCGGUAGAUUCUCGGUCAGUGGGAUUUUUAGACGAUUUGGAUGUUGAUUUUUUGCCUUGUUGUGGAUUUUAAUGACCAAAAAUUUUUGGAAAAUUGGCAAGAUCUUGACAUUUUUUGAGAUUUUUUGGUAUAUCUCAGCCAUGCAAUUGCAAUGAUUCUCUGUCAGUGGGAUUUUUAGAUGAUUCGGAGGUUGAUUUUUUUGCCUUUUUCGGGGAUUUUAAUGAUUAAAAAGUUUUGAAAAAUUGGCAAGAUCUUGAAAUUUUUUGAGAUUUUUUGGAAUACCUCAGCCAUGCAAUUGCAAUGUGGGCCCUCAAAUUUUUGUUUUAAACUUGUCUAGAGUAGACCUGGAUUUCUAGAUAUCGAAGCUUAAGCUCCGAAAAAUGUUGUUAUUUUUUUUUGUUUUCAGGCCUACAUUUCCCAGCUGAAACUGGAUGGAUUCUGCCUUCAAUGUGAUAUGGUUUUCGUCUCACAGUCAGCCGGCCGUCUGUUCCGAGCUCUAUUUGAAAUUGUCCUAUGGCGAGGAUGGGCUCAACUCGCCCACAAAGUCCUGGCCCUCUGCAAAAUGGUGAACGCGCGUCAGUGGCAGAGCCUAAACCCCCUCCAUCAGUUCACCAAGAUCCCCAAGGACAUUGUGAAAACGCUGGACAAGAAGAAUAUCCCCUUCGAUCGACUGUAUGAUUACAACGAACAUCAGCUUGGUGAUUUGGUCCGCACUCCGAAACUGGGCCGGCCAUUGUACAAACUGAUCCGUCAGAUCCCGAAACUCGACAUUCAAGUCCUUGUUUUGCCAAUUACACGGUCAACUCUUCAAGUGGAACUCGCGAUUACCGCCGAUUUCAAGUGGGACGAGAAGGUCCACGGAAAAGCCGAAGGUUUCUGGAUCUUUGUGGAAGAUGUGAAUGGCGAAGUCAUCCUCCAUUCGGAGUAUUUCAUCCUCAGAGAGAAGUACUACGAAGAUGAGCAUGUGGUGAAGAUGUUUGUACCCGUCUUUGACCCCCUCCCGCCAUUGUACUUCAUCCGGCUGGUCAGCGAUCGAUGGCUUGGCUCCGAGACGGUGAUGCCGGUCAGUUUCCGGUAUAUGAUUUUACCGGAGAAGUACCCACCACCCACCGAAUUACUGGACUUACAACCACUGCCUUUGAGCGCAUUGAACAACAAGAAAUUCGAAUCGGUCUUCAGAGAAAGGGGGAUUCGAGUUUUCAAUCCGAUUCAGACUCAAGGUAAGGAAAAGUGGAGGGUUAAUGAAGGAGUUUGAAGAGUGUAGAAGGUAGAUGGGACAGAGAAAAGUCGUUGGGGACUUUACCUUAUGUUUUUUGAGAAAAAAUUAGUUUUUUUGGCCAAAAAUGUAUUUUUUUAGGAGAUUUUGUCGAAUAAUUAAUAUUUUUUUGAUUGUUGAAGGUCGUAUAAGACGGUUCAAAGGUUUUAGUUUUAAUUUAUGGGUAGAAUACAAGCUGUGCCAUUAGAAAUUGAAUUUUUGUUAUCUCAGUUAUAAUAUUUUUUCCAGUUUUCCGCUCCUGCUAUGAAACCAACGACAAUGUGUUUAUCGGAGCUCCAAAUGGAAGUGGAAAGCGAGUCUGCGCGGAAUUCGCUCUCUUGCGACACUUUGACAACAAUCCGGAGGCCAAAGCAGUCUAUGUGACAGUGAAGGAGGAAAUCGCUCAGAAGGUGGGUUGAGAUUUGAUUUUUUUCGGGUUUUUGGUGAUAUGAGGAUUUUGUGGGUGUUUUUUGGAUGUUGUGGGAAGAUUAUUAGGAAGUUUUGGGAGAUUUUUAGGGGUAAAUUGAUGUUAUUGGUUUUGGGCUGGGCUGUUGGCCUAAAAAGUUGAUUAUUUUCUAAUUUUUUGUUGGAAAAAGUUAUGGAUGAUCCAGUGGCAAAAAACGUACCACUUUGCAUCCGGGAAGUAUCAAAAAUGUGGCAAAAUGCUUCCCUCUCCAGGUGAAAAAACUUCGUUUUGAAGGCGCUCUUUCUGUGAGUGAUUGAAAUCGGAGUUUUUUUUCACUUGGAGAAGGAAGCAUUUUACCACAUUUUUGAUAGUUCCCGAAUCCAAAAUGCUACGCUUUUUGCCACGGGAUCAGGUUCCUCACUGUAGUUUUACCUCAAAUUCACUUGUAGGUCUUCAACGAAUGGACCGAAAGAAUUGCCCCGGUCCUCGACAAAACGGUCGUCCAACUCACCGGAGAUUCCAGCAUUGACUUGAAGCUGAUGCAAAAAGGCGAUAUUAUCAUUGCCACCGCCGAGAGAUGGGACCACAUGUCCAGAAGAUGGAAACAGCGCAAAAAUGUGAUGGCCGUCAAACUCUUCAUCGUCGAUGAUCUCCAAAUGGUCGGAUAUUCCGGCGGCACAACUCUGGAAGUGGUCUGCAGUCGAAUGAGAUACAUGGGAGGGCAGUUGGAAGAUGAAACAGGGAAGCUGAGAAUCAUCGCACUCAGCACGAGCUUGGCCAACGCAAAAGAUGUCCAGAAUUGGCUGGGAGUCUCGAUGACCGCCAAUUAUAAUUUCCCACCGAAUGCGAGACCAUUACCGUUGGACCUGUAUAUUCAAGGUAGGAGGGAUUAGUGAGAUUUGAUUUUUUGUUGAAGUUUUGGGAUUUGGGAUAUACUACGAUGAAAAAUUGAUUUUUAAGGGCGCUUUUUUGUGAUCUUGAAGAGGUUUGAGGUGAAAUAAUGUAAGAUUAAAAAGUCUAGGGGCAUUUGUAAGGUCUGUUAUAAGAUUUGGAGAUAUAGUUGUCUGUUGAAAAUUAGUUUUUUUGGCACUUUUUUUUUUGUUUUAUGACCAAAUUUCGAUUUUUUAAGUGUUUUGAACCACAAUAAAUUUGCCUUGAGAGACUGUAAGAAGGUGUAUUAUGCCAUUACAAAUGUAUUGAAAACUUAUUUUUAGGUUUCAACUUGGCUCACACCGACUCUCGCCUUGCCGCCAUGGGCCGCCCUCUCUACUCGGCCGUCUGUAAACACGGCGGAAAGCUCUCACCAAAGCCGGCCCUGGUCUUCGUCCCAACUCGUCGACAAGCCCGACCAACAGCCUUUGAUCUUCUCACUUUGGCGAAGGCUGAAAAUCAACCCGACAGAUUCCUCCAUGUGAACCCGGAAGACGAAGAUUUCCAGAAUUUGGUGAACGCGAUUGCUGAUCCAAAUAUUAAAGAAGCCGCCAAAAGAGGAGUGGGAUAUUAUCAUGAGGGAACGGCGAAGAAGGAUGUCCAGAUCUUGGAAACAUUGUUCUCGGCUGGAACUAUUCAGGUAAAAUUUUUGGGGUUAUUGGAUAUUUGGUAGGGCGCAGCUUGGCGAUUUGUUUUUAAAGGUUUCCCAUUGGUCGGUUUUAUGUCUCAUAGGUUUUUAUGAAUAGUUGAUAUGUCCUAAGUUGAAAUUCAAACAUUUUUGAAGCCAUUAUGAUGGUUAAGUUAGGGCGCAGGUCGCCGAAUAAAAAAUUUGCAAAUCUUUUGGUUUUAUGGGUAAAACACGGUUCGUUUGGACAGUAGAAGGUAACACAAAUUGUUUUUUACGAUCUUGACAUCCUACAUGGAGUAAAAAUUUUCUGUUUUUAAAGAAUUUUUUUUGUCGAAGCUGACGAUUUUACUGAUUUUUUUGCCAAUUUCAGGUCCUCAUUGUCCCAAGAACCCUCUGCUACAGCGUCAACGUCUUUUCUCACCUCGUCGUCAUCAUGGACACUCAAUAUUACGAUGGUAAAACCCACACCGAACAUGAUUACCCCAUUCCGGACAUUUUGCAAAUGAUCGGCCUGGCCAAUCGACCCAAUGAAGACCAGGAUUGUAAGUUCGAUUCACCCUUGAAAGGAUAUGAUUUUUUUUCCUUUUCAGCGAAGUGCGUCCUCAUGUGCCAGUCGUCGAAGAGGGAUUUCCUCAAAAAGUUUUUGUUUGAACCGCUUCCAGUGGAAAGCCAUCUUGAUCAUGAUCUCCAUGAUCAUUUCAACGCUGAGGUGGUCACAAAAACGAUUGAAAAUAAGCAGGAUGCCAUUGAUUAUUUGACUUGGACCUUGCUGUACAGAAGAAUGACGCAGAAUCCAAAUUACUAUUCGUUGCAAGGUGAGAUUUGGGGGUUGGAAAAAAAGUGUAGGGGCUUUUGAUUUUUGGGAUAAAAUCUUUUUUUUGGACAAAGCUUGCUUUUUGCGAUUUCGAGAAGAAUUUUUCUUGCGUUUUUGGAUAUUUUUUUGAAAAGAAAAAUAGUCUAAAAUAAUGUUUUCAGGCGUCACUCAUCGCCAUCUCUCGGAUGCCCUCUCGGAGUUGGUCGAAAGUACCCUCAAAGAUCUCGAAAAUUCGAAUUGCAUCGCCAUCAAAGACGAUAUGGACACGAUCGCGCUGAACCCCGGCAUCAUCUGUGCCUACUACUACAUCCGCCAUGCCACAAUUGACACCUUCCAAAUGGCCCUGAAGAAGAGAAUGAAGGCCAAGGCGAUCCUUGAAAUUGUCAGUCACGCCGACGAAUUCAAGGACCUCCCGAUCCGAGAAAAGGAAGAGGCAACGUUGAGAAAGUUGGCCCAGACUUUGCCCAACGUCCAGAAGAAUCAGAAAUGGUCCGAUCCCCAUGUGAAGGUCCAUUUGCUGCUCAACGCACAUCUCAGCCGCAUCCAGCUGUCCGCCGAAUUGACCAAAGACACGGAACAAAUCUUGCCCAAGGCCGUGCGGUUGAUCCAGGCCUGUGUGGACGUCCUCGGCUCCCAUGGAUACUUGACCAGCGCCAUCAACGCCAUGGAACUUUGUCAAAUGCUGACUCAAGCGGUGUACGCCGGGCAACAUCAUCUAACCCAGUUACCCCACAGCUCGAACGAAUUGAUCGAAAGAGCGAAGAAAAUGAAUGUGGAAACGAUCAUAGACCUGCAGGAAUUGGAAGACGACCAAAGAAAUGAAUUGUUGAAGAUGGAGAAGAGCCAGUUGAUUGAUGUCGCCAAGUUCUGCAAUAAUUAUCCGUCGUUGGUGUUGGAGUAUGAGUAUGAGCCGGAAAAGCCGGUGGAAGGAAAGCCGGUCGUGUUUACGGUAGGAUUUUGGAAUGGGUUUUGAGGAAAAGUGGAAUUGGAGAGAGGGUUUAAAGAAAAGAGGAUGGGAAGUUGAGUGUUUUUGGGAACAAGAUUUGAUUUUCAUGUGAUUGUGGGCCGAAGUUUGGGGUCUUGGGCUGAGGGACAGGUACAGUGGCAGUUUUAUGUUGCCCUAUGCAAAAACCAUUAAGAGUUUUGGAAACUGAAAAAGUCUUGAGUUUUUUUGCCGGUUUCAAAAUUUACGACUAUUGGAAGGGAACAUGAAAUUUUUCUUUAAUUUUCGGCCAAGUUACAGUGACGGAGCUGAUCCAGUGGCAAAAAACGUAUCAUUUCGCAUCCAGGAAGUGUCACAAAAUGUGGCAAAAUACCUCCCUCUCCAAGUGAAAAAACGCCGAUUUCUAAAGAGCACUCGCUCUUUUUGUGAGCGAAACCCUUCAAAACGAACUUUUUCACUUGGAGAGAGAAGCAUUUUGCCACAUUUUUGACGCUUCCCGGAUGCAAAAUGGCACGUUUUUUGCCACUGGAUCAGGUCUGUCACUGUAUCUUGGCCGAAAAUUAGAAGAAAAUUUCAUGUCCCUUCCAGUAGUCGUAAAUUUUGAAACCGGCAUAGAAAACUCCGACUUUUUCUGUUUCCUAAACUUUUAAUGAUUUUUGAAUAGGGCAAGGGAGAGCUAAGACUUGACAUAUGUCGUAGAAAUUGUAGUCUAAAUUUGGGCCAGGUAUGACAAAAUCGAAGGCGUUUUUUUGGGGCACUUGGCCAAGAAAUUUUUUGACAAAUUUUGGGACUAUUUUUUUUUGGGAAAUUUUGAGGAUGGGAUAAAUUUGUCAAAUUUUCAUUUUUUGUGGCUUUGUGAACGAUAAAGUUCAAUGUUUUUAGGUUCAAAUCGAACGAGAAAACGUGGACGAAAGGACGGGAAUGGCCCCACCAGUAGUUGCACCAUAUUGGCCACAGAAACGAAAGGAAGAAGGCUGGUGGAUCGUGAUCGGCGACACGGAUCCGGAAUCCCCUCAUCCACUUUUAUGCAUCAAGCGCGUGGUUGUGAAUCAACAGGCCGCCGUGAAAUUGGACUUUAUCCCAUCAAGGGAUGGCACUCACGACUUGAAACUCUACUUUAUUUGUGACUCUUAUAUUGGCGCGGAUCAGGAAUACGACAUCAAAUUGAAGGUCCGACGAGAUCGAUAG